AUGGCCGACUUGCGCCACCUCAGUGGCAGCUCCCUAUUCCAUUGCCCAUCUGCGUUGACUGGGGUGUACAGGAAGGAGGAAGAGCCGAGGUUCAACACUUGCCACUUCCAGCCAAUCCCUACCAGGGUGGGUGAAGUCAACGUCCCGGCUGCAGAUGACAAAAAACAAUCUAACCAGACAAAAGAAGAACUGGCAUUUUAUGCUCCAAAUUACCUAUGCAUGGCUAUCUUUGCUGUACUUCUUUUUUUCCCUUUGGGACUGGCAGCUUGCUACUUCAGCCAUAAGACCACACAGGCCAACAGGGAAAGCAAAUGGGAAGAGGCUUACUUCAACUCAGGUCGAACCGGCUGGCUGAGUGUUUUUGGCAUACUCAUUGGUUUAGGCAUAAUUUAUGGAUGUGUCCUAUAUAUGUGA